UAUGAUCGUCAACAUAGAUUAUACACAUAAAUAUUAUCGCCAAAUUUCGUUUCAAAUACUAAUAUCAUGUUGUGGAACGCUAUAAGAAAGUUAAGAAAUAAGGCCUUAAAAUUGAAUAAUGCAAGGAUAUGUUUAAGUCAUUAUUACUCACAACAGUCACCGAUCGAAAAAGAAAAUGAAAGUGUAAAAAAACCUGAGUCAAAACGAUUAUCUGAGUUUAGAAAAAAAUUGAGAGAAACUACAUCAAUCACUGAUCUUGGUGAACAAACUUCAAAUUCCAAGGAAGAUGCUUUGCCUCCUUGGCCCAACAAUACUAACCCCAACACUGGUGAAGUUGGUGGUCCCAAAGGGCCUGAACCAACCAGAUAUGGUGAUUGGGAAAGAAAAGGAAGAGUAUCUGAUUUCUAAAUUCAAAAUUAUGCUUUGUGCUUGCUAUUAUCCCUAAGUUGUUGAGUUACACAGAAACUUAACAUAGUUAUAAAAGUUAGAUUAACUUUGGUUCCAUUUCUUUCUUUCAUUGUGUAAUAGAGUAGAAAAUAUUGUAUAAUACAAAAAUAACCUGUUGAGAAGGUUCUCAAUUAUAUGUUUUUUUUUAAUAUAUAAAGUUAGAAUUUAUUUUAAUUAAAUUUACCAUGCUCCUAAAUGUAUGAUGUUUAUGGUUGAUUUUGUAUUAAAUAAUUAGAUUUUAUUUUUAAUUACAAUUUUGUAUAGUUGAUAGGUUGUUUUUGAGGGAUUGGACAGAUAAAAUGCAAGAAUUUCAAACAUACUUUACACCAUUGAAGUUUCUUUGUUGAGUCAUUUGUCAACAUGAACUAUUUCUUUUAGUACUACCUACUAGUACUACCUGCUUGUGAGAUUUGAGCCUUGGCAUGUAGUUGGUUUUCCUGUCCAUUGAACCACAAUACAUUUUUCUUGAGUUGAGCAACAACAUUUUUACAUUAAAAUUUUACCUUGAAUAUUGAAGGACUCCCAAGAGGUCCUACCACCAGUAACUAUGCAAAUUAUAUAAUAAUUUUGUGGGUUUC